AAUUAUUCAAGAAAUUUUCAAAAAGCGAAUAGAAAGCAAGAUUUUCAAGUUUACGCGAAUUUUCGUUAUAUAUUUAAACGGUUUUAUAAUGGAAAUAUACCACCGGGUGGCUUCCGUAACAAUCCUACGCCACAAGCUACAAAACAAAAAGGUUCAGCUCUAGAAGAAUUCGGAUAUGAUUUGACUAAACUUGCAGCUGAAGGAAAAUUGGAUCCGGUAAUCGGCCGUGAAGAAGAAAUCAGGCGUACAAUACAAGCAAUGAUCAGUUUAUCACGGCGAACAAAGAACAACCCAGUAUUAAUUGGUGAAGCUGGAGUUGGAAAAACUGCGAUCAUAGAGGGUCUCGCCCAAAGGAUAAUUAAUGGUGAAGUUCCUGAAAGUAUCAAGGAUAAAAAAGUUAUGGCAUUAGAUCUUGGAUCUAUUAUUGCUGGAUCGAAAUUUAGGGGCGAAUUUGAAGAUCGACUCAAAGCCAUAUUACAUGAAGUUCAAGAAGCUGAAGGAAAACUUAUUCUAUUUAUUGAUGAAUUACACAAUUUACUUGGAUUAGGGAAGGCAGAAGGUUCAAUAGAUGCCGGAAAUUUACUUAAGCCUGCUUUAGCAAGAGGAACCUUAAGGUGUUGUGGUGCAACAACCAUUGAUGAAUAUCGCAAACAUAUUGAAAAGGACCCAGCUUUAGCACGUAGGUUCCAAUCAGUUAUGGUUACAGAACCAACUAUUGAAGAUACUAUCUCAAUUUUACGUGGUCUUAAGGAAAGAUAUGAGAUUCAUCAUGGAGUUCGUAUUGCGGAUUCAGCUUUGGUUUCUGCUGCCACAUAUUCUCACAGAUAUAUAACUGAUAGGUUUCUCCCUGAUAAAGCUAUUGAUCUUGUUGAUGAAGCGAGUUCAAAACUUCGUCUUCAGCAGGAAAGUAAGCCUGAGACGAUCGAAAAUCUUGAUAGACAAAUAAUUACUCUUCGUAUAGAAAUGGAAUCUUUGAGAAAAGAAACAGAUCCAGUAUCUCGAGAGCGUCGAGAGAAAUUGCAACAAGAGCUGAAUGAAAAGCAGAAAGAGUCGGACAGACUUAGCUUACUUUGGCAGGAGGAACGGGCUAAAUUGGAGGAAAUUAAAGGUAUUAAGUCUAAAUUAGAGCAAGCAAGAAUAGAAUUAGAGGCAGCUCAAAGACAAGGUAAUUUCACUCGUGCCAGUGAAUUGCGUUACGGUGUUAUUCCGGAUUUGGAAAAGGAACUUCCUCAAGAUCGUGACGAAGAGAAUCCAGAAUCAUUAAUACAUGAACGAGUCACAGUGGAUGAUAUUGGAGCAGUAGUUUCUCGAAUGACAGGAAUUCCUAUUAACAGCUUGUUACGGAGUGAAAGAGAUAGGUUACUCCACAUGGAGGAUAAACUUUCACAUCGCGUUGUUGGACAAGCUGAAGCGAUAAGAGCUGUUUCAGAAGCAGUGAGAUUGAGCCGAGCAGGUUUGCAAAGUCCUUCCAGACCAAUUGCUUCGUUUUUAUUUCUUGGCCCAACAGGUGUUGGAAAGACAGAAUUGUGCAAAGCAAUCGCAGAAUUUUUAUUCGAUACAGAAUCGUCUAUUGUACGCGUAGAUAUGAGUGAAUAUAUGGAGAAGUUUGCCGUGUCGAGGCUCGUCGGUGCUCCACCUGGUUAUAUUGGAUAUGAAGAAGGUGGCGAGCUUACUGAGGCUGUUCGAAGAAAACCAUUUGCUGUUGUUCUCUUGGACGAGAUGGAAAAGGCGCAUCGAGACGUUGCCAACCUUUUACUUCAAAUUUUGGACGAUGGUUUUGUUACUGACUCGCAAGGUCGAAAGAUCGAUUUCCGGAACACAAUUAUCAUCAUGACAAGUAAUCUUGGUGCAGAUAUUUUAGCGUCAUCAGAUGCAACAGACGAGGGGAAAGUAAGCGACUUGACCAAGUCAGCUGUCUUAGACAUUGUUAAAAGGCAUUUCCCGCCAGAAUUUGUUAAUCGAAUAGAUGAUAUGGUCGUUUUCAAUCGUCUUACUCGUAUGGCUUUAAGAGAUAUCGUUGAUGUACGUCUACGAGAAGUCCAAGCACGAUUGAAAGACAAACACAUUAUGAUUGAUGUGGACGAACAUACUAAAGCUUGGUUGGCUGAAAAGGGAUAUGAUUCUGUAUAUGGUGCCAGACCACUUAACCGGUUAAUACAGAAGAAAUUACUUAAUCCAUUGGCUAUGUGUUUAAUAGAG